UAGUUUACAGAGUUUAUUUCAACGUGACUGUGUUAUUAUUUACUCUAAGUGCUUUGAUCAAUAAUCUGUAAGAGUUCUAAAUAGAUGACCCAGAAACAAUAUUGCAUAAAACAUGACAACUGAUGCUGAAGACAUAUCAUUAAGAGUGGGAAUGGGAAGGUUGGAAAUUGAACCACCAAAAUUGUUAAAAAACAUCAAAGGCGAGAACCCAUUCUCAAAUCAUUUGCAAAAAAAAGGUUCACCUAAAACUUAUAUACAGAGUAGUAAAUGUAAUAAAUGUAUAGUACAAAAGAAGAAAAAUGUUUCUAUUUACAAAAAGAAGCACAAUAAACUUUUAAGGGAACCCAUUCUGAAAAUAUCGCACGGGCAUUGUAGUCUAAGAAAUGAGUGCCAACACUUGUAUUCAAAAGAACUGCCGCCAGCAUGUGUAUCACAAAAGCUUCAUCCAGAUAAUCUAUGUUUACACACAUUGGUUGAUAACUGCAACCAACUAAGUAUAUCUAGUAAGAAGAACCAAGCGGGUGUAACAAAUAAGGCAAACAGUUGUGUUAAAUGGUGGAAAAGUGAAACUUCAAGUGAAAGGCGGCUCGUCGGACAGAACCCACCUUCGGAGAGAAGUUCCUCUUGCUCGCAACAAGCGCUUAAUCCUCCUUGUGAUGUAACCAUUGAUGAAUUAGCUAGCUAUUUUGAAACACUGGUUCAUAUACCAAAAAAGAUGUCUUCAAUGGCUGAAAUGAUGUAUAUUUAAUGGAUGAUAAUAAGUGUUCACGUAAUGUUCGGUGGUCCAUGUUGUACUCCAAAGUUUUAAUUUUUUAAUGUUACUCUAAGUGUUCUUAAAUAUCUAUAAUCUUAGUUGAACUAAACAAAUAAAUAAUUUUCAUGUUAUUUGAUUACUAUAUUUGCAUAUCGUCGGUCUAGAUGUGAUAGCUCGUAAG